AUGAGUAAAGUCACCUGGCUUGACAAACUCCAAGAGCAAGUCAAGAUCGACAUUGACUGCAUGGAUCCAGAAGAGGCGAAGAGGUUUCUGCCUUUCAAGCCACAUGAUCAAACGAGCAAUCAGCGUUUGGUGUAUGAGCAAAUGGUCUCUCCCGAGAACAGGGAGUUAUUCUUGAAAACUGUUAAAGAAGGUAAAGACGAAGGAUGGGAGAUAGUUCUUGAUCGCAUGAGCGCCCUGCUGUGUGCCAAAAACAUAAAGAACAUCCAGGGACGUGUCUUGCUUCAGACCUCAGCUUUUCACGCAUACGACACAAGAAAAGUUGUGGCCCAGGCCCGAUCCUAUGCAGGCGAGUUCGAGAAGCUUGGGAUCUCGAAAGAUAGGAUUUGUAUCAAGAUUCCGUGCACAGGUCCUGCUCUCAACGCCAGUCCGAUUCUACUCAGAGAAGGGAUCCGCACGCUGGGAACCUCUCUGUUUUCUGUUUCUCAGGCCAUAGCUGCCAGCCAAGCAGAGACGUUGUCUGUUAGUCCCUACUACAACUUCCCUUGGUAUCAUACCGACCGAGAGCAGUGGCCCAAUGCUGAAGACCCGGCUCUCGAUCAUCCUAUGUCACCCAGAAUCGUACAAAUACAGCACAUCUACAAGCAACUUCGAGAAGAGACUGGUAAUACGCAGCCACUACUCAAGCCAGCAAGCUUCAUAUCCGCUCGUGAGGCAAUGGCUAUGGCCGAGCUUGGCUGUGAUCACGUCACUAUUCCUGAGGAUAUCCUCCUUCAACUCUCGCUAUUGGAUACUGAAGCAAACCCGCCACCUGGAAGUGAUUCUCACAUGAAGACCGGUAGCCCGUCGCAACGAGUUGCCCAUCUGGCAGGUAUUGAUCCCCUGGCCGGUCUAGACUGGCCUGGACUUCCAUCACUUGAUAUCGACUAUCUGGCAGACAACGGGGCCGCACUGACCGAGGCCAUCGCUGCUGAUACUGUUACUCAGAGGGGGCUUGAUGAAGCUCUGGAGGCAUUCAAGGCAAACGAGCUGCACAGUCGAGAUGCAAUCGAGGAAGCUUUGAAGCAACUCUGA